UAUUUAUAUAGUUAUGUUUUGUGAAUUUACACAGGUUCGCAGUCUGGCUAGUGUACCAGGAGGCAGUGACCGCGGGAAAAUAUGUCGAUGUAUGAUGAGAUCCGUAAUGACGAACAUGCUGACGAACAGAUACCGUGUUGUAGGACAUAAGAGAAAAUUGGCCUUUAAAAACUGCACAGUUUGCAAAGUAGUUCUGGAAGCAGUAAAGAAUUCCUCAAAGUCAGCAUUCAUGGACAGUGAUAUACUGACUGAAAUAGGUGACCUCUUAAGGAACGCUCCAAACCAGCCUGGUAGUUCCAACUACAAGAAGAACAGUUUGUGAAGACCGCGGCCAACAAUACUCUGGAAGGUCUGCCGUCCGCAGACACGUGGUUGUCCAUCACGGCAGACCAGGCGGGCACCAGUGCACUGACGAGAGUUUUCAACUCGGAGUCAUCUCCAAGAACACAUCGUUUCCAGAUUCAUUGGAAUGAAUUAUCUAUUUUUUAUAUAUAUAUAUAUUGUAUAAUAAAUUAACAUUAUAAUGCA